AUGGGUUCCCAGGCCGAGAUAAAGGCCAGGUCAAAGAGCUACCUGCCCAUCAUCAACAAGGUCGACAAUGUCCCCCUGGACUUUGAUUUUAACACGCUCUACAAGCUCAUGCUUCCCAAUGACACCAGGGCGCAUGGCUUCAUGCUCGAGCAGACUGUCGAGCGUCUCCCCUGGACCGCGGACUUCCAAGUCUACCACGACGAGCGCAGGGUGCGCCUCCUCGACACCGCGGCCGACGGCGAGGCGGACCCCGGCAGAGCCUACACGGCGGCGUUCCAGCGCGUCGUCGACGCCGCCAUCGCCUCCGACGCGUUCCCGACGCUGAACAAGCUGCACAGCGAGCAUUUCCGCAUCCUCGGCGCCAACCACUUCGUCUCCAUCGAGCGGUUCCCCGCGCCGCUGUUCGGCAUCUCGUCCCGCGGCGCCCACAUGACGGCCUACGUGAGGACGGCCGAGGGGGGUAUCAAGAUCUGGGUGCCGAGGCGGAGCGCCCACCUGUUCACGUUCCCCGGCCUGCUCGACACGACCGUCGCGGGCGGCGUCAAGGCCGAGGACUCGCCGUUCGACUGCAUCGUCGCCGAGGCCGCCGAGGAAGCGUCGCUGCCGGCGGACUUUGUCCGGGACAAGGCCCUCGCCGUCGGCGCCGUGACGUACGUGAGCAUGAACCGCCAGAAGGGCACCUUCUUCCCGACGGUCCUCUACGUCUACGACAUCGAGCUGCCGGAGUCCAUCAAGCCGGAGCCCGGCGACGACGAGGUCUCGGGCUUCGAGCUCAUGACUGUCGAUGAGGUCGUAGACGCCAUGCUGGAGGAGCGGUUCAAGCCCAACUGCGUGCUCGUGAUGCUCGACUUCUUCAUCCGCCACAACAUCAUCACGCCGGAUAACAACGACGAGUACUUGGACAUCGUUACGAGGCUGCGGCGUCACCUGCCUGUACCCACGAGCAAGGGGCAUUAA